CCGGCGCGCCAACCGCUCACCGUGUAGUUCGCUGGCGGCUCUGGAACAGCCCGGUCAUCACGUCGCGUUCGGUUCCCAUUUCGAGUUCGAUUCGAUUGGAAAUAUAUCGUUAUUUUCGUAGAAGAGUGCGUAAAGUCGUGACAAAGGGUCGGCGGCCUUGGCACAAUAGUUGUACCCAUAGUUAUACCCCUUAUACCGCUAUCCAAGUGAACAGUUAAGACCUCUGAUUUCUGGUUUAUCGGCAAAGUGGACAAAAGACCGUCGGCAAGUGUUACGGUCUGGUGUGAAAUCUAGAGGGCUAAUAAAGCCGGUGAAGACAGAGACAGCAAGAAUAAACCAAUUAGAAGAUAUUGCCAAUUCUGAAGGGGUCACCCAGAAUUACAACUAUACUACCCGUAGAUAGAACUUGAAACAAAUAGGAAAAAAAGAAGAUCGCCAGAUCAGACCGCCCGUCCUGGAUUAUGGGCAUAUCGGAGGAGAUCAAGCUGGAGGAACUACCGCAAGAAGCCAAGCUAGCGCACCCGGAUGCCGUAGUGCUGGUGGACCGCUCAACCGGAUCGUCGGCCGCCUCCGCCGGCGCAGCGCUAGCGGUUUCCAUGUCGGUCUCUGGAGGAGCUCCCAGCGGAGGUGGGGGAGGAGCAAGUGGGGCCAGUGGCGGCACCAACAGUCCCAUUUCGGACGGCAACAGCGACUGCGAGGCGGACGAGUACGCCCCGAAGCGGAAGCAGCGGCGCUAUCGCACAACCUUCACCAGCUUUCAGCUCGAGGAGCUCGAGAAGGCCUUCUCCCGGACCCAUUAUCCCGACGUGUUUACGAGAGAGGAGCUGGCGAUGAAAAUUGGAUUAACCGAGGCGCGCAUUCAGGUUUGGUUCCAGAAUCGGCGCGCCAAGUGGCGCAAGCAGGAGAAGGUCGGCCCCCAGUCGCAUCCGUAUAAUCCCUACCUGCCCAGCGGCGCCGCCACCAUGCAGACGGUGGUGGGGGCCGCCCUGCCCCCCAAUCCCUUCACCCACCUGGGCUUCCAGCUGCGCAAGCCCUUCGACGCCCAACACGCCGCCAACCUGGCCGCCUUCCGCUACCCGCACCUCUCCGCAGCGCCCAUGAUCCCGUCGGGCUACUUCAACCAAUUCCAGAGGGCUCCUCCCCACAUGCUGCCCCACGGAAUGGCAGGCAUGUACUCGCCCUCGAGCUCCUUCCAAUCGCUGCUGGCCAAUAUGACGGCGGUGCCGCGAGGACCGCCCCUGGGAAAGCCUUCGGCCCUGCUGGUGGGAUCCCCCGAUCUGCACUCGCCCAACCACCUGCUCGCCUCGCCGCCCACUUCGCCCGCCUCUGGCCACGCCUCCCAGCAUCAGCAGCACCCGCCGCCCCCUCAGGCGCCUCCUCAAAUGCCCCUGGGAGUCCAGCCCGCUCAACUGUCGCCCCAGCAGCUGGUGGGGAUCGCCCUGACCCACCAGGCGCCGUGUCUGUCGCCCACUCAGACUUCCCCGGUGGCCCUGACCUUGUCGCACUCCCCCCAGCGACAGCUGCCCCCGCCACCCCCCGCAUCGCACCAGCAGCCUGCUCCUCCGCCGCCCGCCCCCCGAGCUGCCACGCCCCCCGAGGACAGACGCACCUCGUCCAUUGCCGCACUGCGUCUGAAGGCCCGGGAGCACGAACUGAAGCUGGAGCUGCUGCGACAGAAUGGACAUGGCAACGAUGUGGUCAGCUAGCUGAAGGAGGAGAAGGAACUGAGCUCCAGGGAGGAGGAGGAUGAGAUGGAUGAUACGAUGGUCAGGAAGGAUAUCCCAAACCCAAGUGCAAAGACAUUGCCCGUUCACUGUAGACCUAAGCCAAUAAGUUAUUCAAUUGUAUGUUUCUGAGAAGGAGUUUCAAAUAAAUUCAACAAGUAAAAA